AUGGUCGCCAACACACAUGCAAUGAUCGGCUAUGGAUGCAAGGCUUACAAGAACUGGUUCGCCGAGGCCCCUCUCUCGAAAAAGCAAGCUGGUGGUGUGAAUCUUGAAGGCGCCGUUCAGAAGACUCGCUUUCUGCACUUCGUCAUGCAGAAAAAACACUACGGCGAGAACGGCCAGCACCUGGACAAAAUGUUCGACGCCUUGGCUAUCGACUUGGCGAAGCUGCAGACGCAGGGCAUCAAGGUCAACGGCGAGAGGUGGCACCUUGUCGUGAUAGCGGCUGUCGGAGAUUGGCAAUUCUUUGCCAAAGUGGGACACCUCAAUCGAUGCUACACUCACGUGUCCAAGCGAUCUGGCCAGAAGACACUUAAUGGGAUUUGCCACCUGUGCAUGGCCGGCCACCAUAGUUGGCCUACUUGGGAAGACUUCGUGGAUUCGCCGACUUGGAGACCGACUUGCGGCACACUGGAGCCGUUGGAGCAGACGCCGUCGCUGAUUCGCCGACUUCAUGUCAACGUUGCAAACAGGGCGUCCUUCUUCCAACCUGAUUUCUGGCACUGCUUGCACCUGGGCGCAGGCAAGAAUCUGGUUGCCAGUGCCAACAUUGGAGAGCGCUUCUCCUUCAUAGAUGAUGCUGCACAGGCAUGGCUCCGCAGUCGCAACGACAAGUUGUAUUCCAAAUGCAUCUCUGCUGUGACAAUGGGCAUCGACGGCUUGCAGAAAGUGCCAACCGCUGGAUGGCAGAAGGCCAGCGACACCACGCUGCUCUUGGAGUUCCUUGAACACUUUUGCAGUAUGAACGCAGGCCUUGCAAAUGCUGAUCCGAUCCUGCGCUGGACGUGGGUGGCUGCCUCCAACAUCAACCUCUCCGUGCGCAUGCUGUAUCGGGGCGGUCUCUGGCUGGAUCAGAGUACGGCGCACACGGUGGCCCGCUGCGGAAUGAAUUUCUUGAAAUCUUACCAGCACCUUGUGGCCUUGACGUUGGCGGCGGACAGGGACAGGGCAGAGCGAGCCGAAGAGUUGGACCCCGGCAUGCCGCUCUCCGAGUUCUGCAACGCUAUUUGGCGGCCCAUGCAGAACCCACCACUGGUAGGUCAGCACCGCCGCGAUGGCUAUGUGCUGGACACACUUUGCAACGAGUCGAAGCACAAGGCGAUUAAGAAGAUCGUUGAGAUGAGCGCCUCGCGCUUGCAAGAUUUUGAGACUUUCGUGCUCGUUCGCCUUGCUCAACUCCAUCUACAUGAGGCACACCUCUUGCGCCCUGAUUAUUGGGAGUUCACUUUGAACAAGACACAGACCACCCUGACCUGCGCCUGGCUAACUUUGCGAAUAGCCGAGCCGAUCGUUCGUGCAGACUGCGCAGGUCUCAUCGUUUCUAUGGUGAGUGAAAGGGCAAGUGCAGCAGUCGAAGUGCAGGUCUUCCGGAAAUCUGCAGAGCUUGCAGUGGGAAUCGUGGAGUGGUCAAACACUAACACCGUGCAUACGUGGUCGCUCACGGACAGAAGCUGGCACCGUCCCAAAGCCUGGCGGACGCACAACAAUUCCUUGCUCACGCUCUGGUGA